AUGAAGCUGGGCCCGUUUGGUGAGGAGAUGGAGAAUGCCUCCUCAACACCGCCGCCUUCCGAACCGUCCAUCAGUUCAACCUCAAGCGCACAUGGGUCCAGCAGAUUCCCGAACUAUCAGACUUGGACGACUGACAAGUUCAAGCUAUUUCCCAAUUUCACAACAUGCCAUGACCCUUCUCGAGAGCGAACAUGGUGGUGGCAAUUUGGCUUCAGGAUGAAGGACCACGGCUCUGAACCUCAUAAGAUUGUAUGGGUCUGCGAAAGAUGCUUCCUUCGCAACAGAAUGAAAGCUACGCAUUACACCUUCAUCGCCUCAACCGCUGGAAGCAUUGUUCGACAUCUGAGAAAGGAACACAAGAUUUUCCAGCCUGCUGGCUCACGCGAAGACGGGGUUGUCGGGACAGGAAGUGCACAACGGAGCUUGCUCGAUAUGCUGCGCGCUGAUCCGAAGAAUCCUCGCGACCAAAGCCUUCUUAGCAAUUUGCAUACUUUGUUUGAUCCGGCGAUGAAUCAGCUUCUUCUCCUGGACUGGCUAACUUACCACAACCUCCCAUUUAAUUUGGUUAAUUCCGAGCGCUUUAGACGGCUGCUGCUCUACAACAAUCCGUGUCUUCAAGAGGGGCAGAUACCCAGCGACAGGACCCUCGUGAACCUCUUAACAAAAGAAUACAAUCGAGCUCUUGAUCCCGUAAAAGCUAUUCUUCAAAGAGCGAGAAGCAUGAUUCAUUUUACUUUUGACGGUUGGACCUCCCGACAAAACUCAUCAUUUCUUGGCGUCAACGCCCACUUCAUUGAUCGGGAUUGGAAGCAGUGGAGGAUCCUUCUGGCGUUGCCCGCUCUCCGUAAGCGCCAUACUGGGGCAGCGCUGGCCGAUGAUGUUGCAGACACAAUAUGUGCUUUCAGUCUUCAACAUAAGAUUGGUUACUGUACGCUUGAUAAUGCAACGAACAACGACACGGCUAUGGAAGCACUUGGCCAUGAAUUUGACUUCGACCAACACGAGCGUCGUAUUCGGUGCGCUCCUCAUUUCCUGAAUCUGUCAGUAAAGGCAAUGAUGUACGGCGGUAAAAGGGACAAUUUUGCUGAGCUGCUUGCGCAUUGGGGAGAUCAGGACUUCAUGACUGACGAAGACGAGCAGCGUCAGCUGUCCGACGCUGUUGAUGCACUGAAUGGCGACGACGAUCUUGACACGCCGAAUCUGGAGGAAGAUUACGAGUCAAACACUACUCUGGGGGAGAGCCAGGAUUCGUGCCUAGUUCCUGAGAUAGUCAAUGCCGACAAGAUGGAGAAGUAUCGCAAGUACGGCCCUUUUGGCAAGUUGCACAAUAUCGGCAUUGCUCUUCGAACGAGCAGCCAACUUCUCGAGGACUUUCAUGAAGCUCAACGGCAAACUGCCCCUGAUGAACCCGUAUUAACGUGGGUCCAAAAUGUCUGUACUCGCUGGCAGUCCGAUGAGGCCAUGGCCUCUCGAGCGCUGCUGAAACGAUCCGCUUUGAACCGAAUGCUGUCAAUUAUUGAGGAACGAUGGAUUCGCCAAGGCGCCAAAGAACAGGACCGGCCAGCGAUAUUGAAAGAAAAACUUUCGCUCGGGGAAUGGAAGGUCGUUACUGCGGUUCAGAAGAUACUUCAACCGUUCAAGGUUGCUUCAAAACAACUCCAGGGCGCAGGCAUUUCUGGCAAACGCUCAACAACAGGUGGUUUCGACGAGUACUUUCAAGUGAUUGAGAUGGUCCUUGAUCACCUUGAGUGGGCCAUUCAAGGUGUAAUAAUCGAAGAGAAUGAUGAUCAUAUGAUGGAAGAGGUUCACUUGUUUGACGGCAUGGAUGCAAAAACCCGUAGGCUCUUAAAGAUUUACAUCAAACUCGGUUGGAAAAAACUGAACGAUUACUAUGAUAAACUGACCUCGACCGCCUAUGUGGCGGCGGUUGUAUUCCAUCCGAGUAAGAAAUGGCGAGCUUUAGAGCAGCUUUGGAAUCAGCUGCCGUCUCGUCAGACAUCAGGGUGGAAAAAAGCUUACGCCGGGAACUUGACAAGCAUCUGGGAGGAAAAUUACAAGCACAUGGCUCACGAGCCAGCCUGCAAUGCCAUGUCAGCAUCUGGAAGCCAUGAUGCCUUGGACUACAUUGAGCGCCGAUUGGCGUUUAGUCGAUCAAUCGUUCGUCAAGACGCCGAAGGACUACAAAGUAAACGGCCAAAACAGCCAACCGCACUCCCAACACAAGACGAGCUCGAUCAAUACCUGUCUGAGCCGCCGGUAGAUAACAUCGCCUACAAAGCCGAUCCGAUUGCUUGGUGGAGAGAUGUUGGCGCUGUGCGGUUUCCCCAGCUCUCUUACAUGGCGGUUGAUUUCCUCACAAUUGCGUCGUCUUCCGCCGAAACAGAGAGAGACUUCAGCAGUCGCGGGAGGAUGGUCACACCGCUCAGAUGCCGCCUACGACGUCACAUAGUUGGCAUGGCACAAUGCCUUCGAUCGUGGAGUAGGGCUGGCAUUUAUCAACCACAUCUCCCUCUAGAUCUCCUUGAAGGAGAUAAUUGGAGACAAGUACUUCAGUUAAUAGGCAGAGUCAACGGAGAUAUGAAGGACCAGGACUAG